AUUUUAAUUUUAAAUAAACACUUUAUCGCUUUCUUCUGCAACCCGGAAAUACUUGUUUGUUCUUCAAACACAGUCUGCUUCAGUCAUCACCAAACCGCGUCUUCUCUCCUUCGUUCGAAACGCAUUUUAUGAGUUAUUGAUGAAAAAUAAUUUAUUGUUUUGCAUUGUGAAACUUAAACCUGUUUGGUUAAUUUGAUUUCUUUGAGGAGAAUUGAAAAAGUAUGGAAGGGUUAUUGAAUUCUUUAGUUAACCAAAGUUGUUUAAAACCCAUUGGUUUCACCCCAAGAGUUAGUUAUAAUUUCCCGGUUAUCACGAGAACUUGGCGUUUAGAUCGAAAACUUGAUUCAUGUACCAUGAAAAUUGGUUAUAGUGCCGGCGGGGGUAGAGUAGCUAGAGUUGCUGCACUGGAUAAUGAUGAUAACGGAGAGGAGUCUGAUAUGGAUUGGGAAUCGGAGUUUAUAGGGGAAUUGGAUCCGUUUGGUUACCGUGCUCCGAAGAAAAGGGAAAAAGAACAGAAAUCAGAUUUGCUUGAAGAUAUUGAUUUGGAUUGGUGUGUGAGGGCAAGAGAGGCGGCGCUGAAAUCGAUUAAAUCGAAGGGUAUGACUCAUGUGAUGGAAGAUUUGGUUACUGUUAAGAAGAAGAAAAAGAAGACUAAGAAGACAUUGGUAAGCAAGAAGAAAAUAGAUAAGAAAAUCGAUGAAAUAGAAGAUGAACUUGGUUAUAGUUCAGAGGAAGAUUCUGGACUUCCACAGUCAAAGGAAAGUGAUUUGAAAAGGAAAGUGAGUUUGAUUGCAGAUGGAAUGUUUGCGGAAAAUACGGAGAAAAGGAUGGAAACAUUUUACAAUAGAUUGUCUCAGUUCUCUGGGAUAUCUAACCGUAGAAAAGAAAUCAACUUGAACAAAGAGAUCAUUGAGGCACAAACUGCGGAAGAUGUGUUGGAUGUUACUUACGAAACAAUUGUCGCGGUUGCAAAAGGAUUAAGCCCCUCACCUCUCUCCCCUUUGAAUAUUGCUACUGCUCUUCAUCGCAUUGCUAAGAAUAUGGAGAAAGUUUCUACCAUGACAACUCGAAGAUUGGCUUUUGCUCGACAAAAAGAGAUGUCUAUGCUUGUCGGUGUAGCAAUGACAGCCUUACCUGAAUGCUCAGCUCAAGGAAUCUCAAACAUAGCUUGGGCGCUGUCCAAAGUUGGAGGCGAACUGCUUUACUUUUCUGAAAUGGAUAGAAUUGCUGAGGUUGCACUGACCAAAGUCGAAGAAUUAAACUCUCAAAACAUUGCUAAUAUUGCAGGUGCUUUCGCUUCAAUGCAGCAUUCAGCUCCCGAUCUUUUCACAAAAUUGUCGAAAAGGGCUUCAGAAAUAAUUCACACCUUCAAAGGGCAAGAGCUUGCACAGCUUUUGUGGGCUUUUGCAUCUCUUUACGAGCCUGCUGACGCUAUGUUUGAUUCUUUAGACAAACUCUUCGAAAGCCAUAGCCAAUUGAGAAGUUUCAUAGGUGAAAAAACAUCAAAUAGUUAUGAACAAACCAAUGUAGAAUCUGUUGAUCGAAACGGGGACUCAACUUUACUUACUUUAAGUAGGGAUCAGCUUGGGACUAUAGCUUGGUCCUAUGCUGUUUUUGGGCAAAUGGAUAAGAGUUUCUUCUCUUAUGUCUGGAAAACUCUCAGCCAUUUUGAGGAACAAAGGGUUUCGGAGAUGUUUAGGGAAGAUAUCAUGUUUGCUUCUCAGGUUCAUCUUGUAAACCAGUGUUUGAAACUUGAAUUCCCGCAUCUUCAGUUGUCAUUAUGCGGUGAGCUUGAGAAUAAAAUUGCGCGUGCUGGAAAAACUAAAAGGUUUAAUCAGAAGAUAACUUCUUCGUUUCAGAAAGAGGUUGGUCAUCUUCUUGUUAGCACUGGACUUGAAUGGGUGAAAGAAUAUGUUGUAGAUGGCUACACUUUGGAUGCUGUGGUAGUUGAUAAGAAGGUUGCUCUGGAAAUUGAUGGUCCAACUCAUUUCUCAAGAAAUACUGGUGUUCCUUUAGGACAUACCAUGCUAAAACGCCGAUACAUUACUGCUGCUGGUUGGAAACUCGUAUCAUUAUCCCAUCAAGAGUGGGAGGAACUUCAAGGAGGAUUUGAACAAAAGGAGUACCUUAGAGACAUUCUUAAAGAUCAUUUAGAUAAAAGAUAUGCCAACACUACAUUGACAGAGGUAAAGUGAUCAUUCAAUGUUUUUUGCGAGGUAUCAUGAGUUCUGUAAGUUUAAGUUGUUAUGCACCUUGAUAAAUUUUAGUAUAGGGCAUGUAUAUCUGUUAGAAAUUCUAAAUCUCAAGAUCAUCUAAAUUAUAGUUAUGGGUGUAGAUUUGUUGAUAAA